CGCCCAGUCGCCAUGGCAACGGGCGCAGGGCGGCUUGGGAGCCGUUAAGGCUCCGGAGCCACCUAAGGGUUCAGGGGCUGCGUGGCGGCAGGUUUGCAGCCACUGCACAUGGGGCUGGGGCCGGGACCAGACAGGGGCAGAAGCCGGGGUUUCGGGGUGCAGCGAGCACUGAGAGACCUGAGAAGAGAACAGAAUGACGGUGCGGAGGAGUUCUGGCCGUCAGAGGCUCCCGUAGCACUUCAGAGCCAGGCUGGCUACCUCAAGCCCUGCCCAGCUCCCCGCCCACCCGGAAAUAGCUUCGCCCCACCCCGCAUGGAGCUCCUCCCAGCGGCGGCCGAACCCAAGACACCUCUAGCUUUCCGAGGCACGCUUUCCGAUGGCCCGCUACGAAGAGCUGAACCGGUCGUCCGAGAGGGGCUGAAGCAUGUUGGUGAAGGAUGUGUGUUCAUCUACUGCCAAGUAGGAGAAAAACCUUAUUGGAAAGAUCCAAAUAAUGACUUCAGGAAAAAGUUGAAAUUAACUGCAGUGCCUACACUACUUAAAUAUGGAACACCUCAAAAACUGGUAGAAUCUGAGUGUCUUCAGGCCAACCUGGUGGAGAUGUUGUUCUCUGAAGAUUAAGAUUUGAUGAUGGCAAUUGUGUCUUUACUUCCUGAUUUGCUCUAGUAUAAAAGAAUGUGCAUACUUGCUUUGAAUUCAUGUUAGCAAUAAGUAAAUAAAUAAAUGAUGAUGUAAAAAAAUUGGUACAUGUCUAAACAAUAGAGAGUGCUAUUAAAAUGCUCAUGA